GGUCGAAGGUCACCGAAAGCUUCGGCAGUGGAUAGUUGCAGCCCUUUCCCCGGUGUACCCUGCUCUCCGAGCUCCGACAUUCUAUGCUUCCAACUACAGCAUGUAAUUAAACUCCAAAGCAUCUGGCUUCUUGAGUCAAAAGAACAAGCCUGGAAGAAGGAAAAAGGAAGAGAAAAAUCCUCUGGGUUGGCCAUUUAGGCAUCAGCAUCACUGCCGGCCAUCACAACAGGGGAGUGUUGCAAGAUGCCAACCCCUAAUGACAAGGCCCAGGGGAUUCAGUGGUUACCUGUUUAGCUCAGACACUAUGGGGAAUAUUUGAGACUGCGCAGAGGUAAGAGUAUGUCUAAGUGGUGAUUCCUGUCGUGUAUUUUCCUGGGACCUAGGAUACCUGUCAUAUCUGCACCCGCACCUUUUUCAGCGCUGGGGUCUUUGUCCCAGGAUUUCUCAGACUCUCAGAGGAAGUCUAUGAGACCCUAAGAACCGCAGGCCCCCAGCUGCCGUCCCCUCCGGGGAUGACAAGGGCAUUACUCAUCUUGUUCAGCUGCCUCGUUGCCAUAAACCAGGCCAGCCUCAUCCACCGCUGUGACUUGGCCAAGGUGCUGCACCAGGAAGACUUGGAUGGGUUUGAGGGCUACUCUGUGACUGACUGGCUGUGCCUAGCUUUUGUGGAAAGCAAUUUCAACAUAUCAAAGGUAAAUGAAAAUGCAGAUGGCAGCUUCGACUAUGGCCUCUUCCAGAUCAACAGUCACUACUGGUGCAACGAUUACCAGAGUCACUCGGAAAACACUUGCCAAACAGAGUGUCAAGAACUGCUGAGCCCCAAUCUUCUUGCAACCAUCCACUGUGCAAAAAAGAUUGUGUCUGGAAUAGCAGGGAUGAAGAACUGGGCAGAGUGGACGAUACACUGUGCAGGCCGGCCACUCUCCUACUGGAUAACAGGAUGCCACCUGUGAUGAGACAGGGUGCAGGCCUGCUAUGGGAUCAUUCUGAAACUCCUCUCCUCCCCUGGGGAUUCUUCCUCUUGCCUCCACUUAAUGUUAUUUUCUUCCCUUCCCAUUUACAAGUAAAAUUGACCAGAACCCCAUGGAGAAAUUAUUUUCUAGGGCUUCCUCCUUGCUCCCAUCCAGGCCCAAGUCCCUGGUUCCUGACUGUCAUUUGUAAACCAAGAGGACCACAAUAAAGUUGUUUCUGUAUUUUUGGAAUUAUUAAAACAUUCUUUGUGCAAAGAA